GCUGACCACUUCUCCCGCCGUUUCGCACCCAGGCGGCCUCCACUGCGCCAAAUCUCUUCCAUGUCCACCUUCUACCUACUGGACCAUCACACUCGCCAGGCUGAGCUGGGACUCAAUUACGGUUCUCCUCGAACUCAGCUCAGUGACCAGGCCUUUAUCUUCGAGGCUGGGAAGUGGGUGAUGGAAGGAGGCUACCGAACCAACUUGCAACCCUUGAACCUCACCACUUACUGGGAGCCUCUUGUCCCCCAGGGCAAGAACAAGGCAUUGUUGGAAGAAAACAACUAUCUGAAGCUCCAGCAAGAACUUCUCAUGGAUAUGCUGACUGACGCCACAGCCCGGCUGCAACUGCUGGAAAAGAAGUUUAACGUAGACACGAGCCCUUUGUCUACUUCCUGUGUCUGGCAGAAGAAGAUGAGGAAGAGGGAUAGAAUGCGGUUGAUACAAUCCACAGCCCUUUUCCCCAGGUGA